ACGCCUACGGAACCCUUUAACUUGAACGAUCAGAGAUUCGAAGGAGACAGCUUUUCUGGCCCUAGUCACUCGUUUAUGACCCUCCUGGAUGAAAGACCAUAGCAGGGAGUGCUGGGGCGAGAAAUCGUGGAGAACGGAUCCAGGAUCAAAGAAUGGACGCCGAUGGAACUGCGGAGCCAGAGCUCGAUAGCUUCAGUCGCGUACUGCCCCUUCCGUACCGAGUGGCACUCAUAAUUGUUCUAGGCAUCUGGGCAUGGGGCCUCAACCUUCACUAUCUCAGCUUGGUCCGGAUCGAUGUCCCCAGUCUGAUUCGAUAUCCUUCGCGCUCGUCGCCGCAUCAUCCGCCGCACCACCUUUCGUGCUACCGCAUAGCUAUCUUCUUGUCGAUACCGCUUGCGCUCUUUCUUCUGCUUUUCUGGGGCGUCACAAGCGGCAGCCCGAAGGAUAUUGCACGCUGGGAGAUCUUGCCAAACAUAUAUCUUUUGAUUCUUGUCGUCGGAUUCGUUGCGCCGAUACCGUUCCUGAGCCGCAAUGGGCGCUCUCGCACGCUGGCGACGUUGAAGCGCAUCUCAGUCGGCGGACUGGCUGAGGCACAAGAUGGGAAAUUCGGCGACAUCUUGCUUGCUGAUGCCCUUACGAGUUAUGCAAAGGUGCUUGGGGAUUUAUUCAUCUCGUUGUGCAUGUUCUUUUCGUCGAAGCGUUCAUCCACUGGGCCACCAGACCGGAACUGCGGAGGUGGUUUCUGGGUUCCAUUCGUCAUAGCGAUUCCCUCGCUAAUACGACUGCGGCAAUGCUUGAUAGAAUACCGCCGUGUGCAGAGAGCGAACAGGGGCACUGGACAGAUAAGCCCGACGACAGGGUGGGGCGGAGUGCAUCUAGCCAACGCUCUGAAAUACUCGACCGCAUUCCCCGUUAUCAUCCUCACCGCUCUGCAACGGUCGCCGAAUCCCUCGAAAUACGGAUUGCCGGAAGCGAGUCUUUUCCGCCUAUGGCUUGCUGCCGUCGUGGUCAAUUCCGGUUACUCAUUCUACUGGGAUGUCGCUCGCGAUUGGGACCUCACUCUUUUCUCCUCGAAGCGCGAACGGGAAAAUCCGGAAUAUCCGUUUGGUCUGAGAAGACACCGCUUCUUCCACGCGAAGGAGUUCUAUUACGCGGCUAUUAUUAUAGAUGCCAUUCUGAGGUGCACAUGGGUCAUCAAACUGAGCCCACGUUUAGACCAUUAUAACGAUUUAGAAGGCGGUAUUUUUCUUAUGCAAGUUCUCGAAGUAAUGAGGAGGUGGAUUUGGAUCUUCUUUCGAGUGGAGACUGAGUGGGUAAGGAAUCACCGUGGGCCUGCGCCGGAUGAUAUAUUGUUAGGUGAUUUUACGAACAAGUUUGACGAGGAUGAUUAGAGGUCCCUUUUUGCAUGGCAUAGCGGUGUUCAGGAAGAUGUGCACAUUCUAUGUGUCUUAAUACAUCAAUUUCUCGAAGCAAGUCAUUAUAUCCAAUAUGGAAGUAUAAACC